AUGGGGUUGCAGGAGCGAAGAGGAUCAGUCCUGCUUUUAAACAUACUUCAAGUUCUUUUCAAGAUCAUGAUUCUGGAAGGAAGUGGUGUAAUGAAUCUCAACCCCAGCAACAACCUCCUCCACCAGCAGCCCUCCUGGACCGACAGCUACCCCAUGUGCAAUGUUUCCAGCGGCUUUUUUGGAGGCCAGUGGCAUGAAAUCCACCCUCAAUAUUGGACCAAGUACCAGGUGUGGGAAUGGCUUCAGCACCUGCUGGACACCAACCAGCUGGACGCCAGCUGCAUCCCUUUCCAGGAGUUCGACAUCAAUGGCGAGCACCUGUGCAACAUGAGUUUGCAGGAGUUCAUCCGGGCGGCGGGGACGGCGGGGCAGCUCCUUUACAGCAACUUGCAGCAUCUCAAGUGGAAUGGCCAGUGCAGCAGUGACCUGUUCCAGUCCACACACAAUGUCAUUGUCAAGACUGAACAAACGGACCCUUCCAUCAUGAACACCUGGAAAGAAGAAAACUAUUUAUAUGACACCAACUAUGGUAGCACAGUAGAUUUGUUGGACAGCAAAACCUUCUGCCGAGCCCAGAUCUCCAUGACAACCACCAGUCACCUUCCUGUAGCAGAGUCACCUGAUGUAAAGAAGGAGCAAGACCACCCUGUCAAGUCCCACACCAAAAAGCACAACCCGCGAGGGACUCACUUAUGGGAAUUCAUCCGGGACAUCCUCCUCAAUCCAGACAAGAACCCAGGGUUAAUCAAGUGGGAGGACAGGUCAGAGGGCAUCUUCAGGUUCUUGAAGUCGGAGGCAGUGGCUCAGCUGUGGGGCAAAAAGAAGAACAACAGCAGCAUGACCUACGAGAAGCUCAGCCGGGCCAUGAGAUAUUACUACAAAAGAGAAAUCCUGGAGCGGGUGGACGGACGGAGACUGGUGUAUAAAUUUGGGAAGAACGCACGUGGAUGGAGAGAAAAUGAAAACUGA